UAUAGAUUAUGAGCCUAAUAAUAUGUCUUAAAGGAUAUGAAAUCAAGUGACUUAACCACUAAGGAGGUGCAUAUGGUAAGUGAUAAAUUCUCUUUGAUGGGUGGGUUCUAUCACAUGGCACCUAUAUAAGUCAAGGUCCCUGUUCUCCCAAUACUACCGGUUCACAAGUAAUCUCACCCCAUUGAGAGAUAGAACAAAUCACUGUUGGAGAGAACAGAAGACUUUGUCUUACCGAAUCCUUGCUUGAAGACGAUGGACUCCAUAGUUUCUUCUGCGCUCAUGACACCCAUAGAAAUUCUGAGUGCAACCAACUUUAAGGGAUGGAAGCAUGACGUAAUGAUAAACCUAGGAAUUAUGGAUCUCGAUUUAGCCUUAAGGGAGGAUCAGCCUGUGAUUACUCCGACCAGUACUAAUGCUCAGAAGCAGAAAGCCGAAAAAUGGGAGAGAUCUAACAGGGUGGCGUUGUUGUUCAUGAAAAAGUACAUGAAUGAGACUGUUCGAGGUAGCAUUGCAGAAACUGAUGAUGCCAAAGCUUAUCUGGCAGCCAUAGGACAGAAGUUUCAGGAAUCUUCAAAGGCAGAAACAGGAAACCUGAUGAUGGCACUGUCUAAGGCGCAGUUUGAAGGAGAAGGAAGCGUUAGGGUGCAUAUUAUGAAGCUGAUUGACCUGAGCAAGAAACUUUCAGCCCUAGCAAUUCCUAUUCCUGAUCCUUUCCUUGUCCAUUUUGCUCUUGAAUCCCUUCCAGAUGCCUAUAGCCAACUAAAGGUAAGCUAUAAUACUCAAAAGGAGAAGUGGAACGUGGAUGAGCUUAUUGCGCAUUGUGUGCAAGAAGAAGCUAGGCUGAAAAAGGAGAAGGAGAAAUCUGUCCUCUUGGUUAUUCAGUCAGGGAACAAUAAAGGGAAGGCUGCUGGAUCCUACAAACGUCCACCUUAUCAUGCCAAGAGUGCUUCUCCAAAGCAGAACUCCUCUUCAUCCAAAGGAUCUCAGAACCUUAAGCCAAAACAAACAACAGUUUUCAAAUGCUUCUUUUGCAAAAAUUCUGGUCACAUGAAGAAAAACUGUGCUAAGUAUAAGUCGUGGCUAGAAAAGAAGGGGCUUCGUAAACCGGAGAACUCCAAGUAGAGAUGAAGUCAAAGUUUUCGUAGGGAAUGGAGUCAAAGUUGCUGUUGAAGCCAUAGGAACUGUUCACCUUAAGUUAGAAUCUGGUUUUGUUUAGAUUUUAAAGGAUGUUUUGUUUAUUCCUUCGAUGAGAAGGAAUUUAAUUUCCCCUGUCAAACUUGUUAAGGAUGGUUUCAAUUUUAUUGUUUCUGAAGAAAUAAAGUUUUUCCUUAAUUCAAAUUAUGUUGGUAGUGCUUAUCUUCAAGAUGACAUGUGGCGUCUGAGGUGUUCUUAUUUUGUUGAUUCUUAUCUCAUAGAGCAAUCUAUAGGUUCCAAAAGAGUCUUAAUUAAUGAAAAUUCCUAUUUUCUAUGGCAUAAACGUCUUGGACACAUAUCCAAAAGACGUCUUCAACAGCUUGUUAGGUCUGGAAUACUUCCAGCCUUAGAUUUUUCUGAUAUGGCAAUCUGUGUUGAUUGCAUAAAAGGCAAAAUGACAAACUCCAGGAAGUUAGGUUCCACACGUAGUUCUAAUCUACUAGAACUUAUCCAUUCAGAUAUUUGUGGUCCUUUUAAUGUCAAUACCAUCUGUGGCAAAAAGUAUUUUAUAACCUUCAUUGAUGAUUUUUCACGGUAUUGUCAUAUCUACCUACUUUCUGAAAAAUCUCAAAGUCUCGAAGCAUUUAAAAUUUACAAACUUGAAGUUGAAAAACAGUUGGAGAAAUCCAUUAAAGUGGUUCGAUCCGACAGAGGAGGAGAAUACUAUGGCAAAUAUGAUGAGGCAGGACAACAUAAGGGUCCGUUUGCGAAAUAUUUGGAGGAAUGUGGAAUCAUUGCACAAUACACAACACCAGGUACACCAGAACAGAAUGGGGUUGAGAAUGUAGAAAUCGUACGUUGUUAAACAUGGUCCGAAUCAUGAUCAGCAGAAGCAGUUUACCAAUUUUUUUGUGGGGUGAAGCACUCAAGACUGCGAAUUAUAUUUCUAACCGUGUACCUAGCAAAGCCGUUGAUAAAACACCAUUUGAAAUCUGGAAUGGUCGAAAACCGAGUCUUAUGCAUUUUCGUACCUGGGGAUGUCCAGCAGAGGCUCGUCCUUACAAUCCAGAAGAGAAAAAGCUAGAUCCAAGAACCAUUACUUGCCAUUUUAUUGGCUAUCCUGAUAAAUCUAAAGGUUUUAAGUUUUAUUGUCCUAGUCACUCCACUAGGAUAAUUGAAACUAAUAAAGCCAAGUUUCUUGAGACUAAUAUGCCAUCUACUGUUCAGGAUUUUAUUUUGGAGGAAGAGGGUGAAGAAGCUGUUCAAAAUCCAGUAGCAAAUGCUCCAGCCAUUCCAGCCAUAGUAUACCCUUUAGCACCAGAAGAUCCUGCUGUUCUUGAUAAUCAGAUUGUUGAGAAUCCCAUUGAUUUUGAACACCAAGAUCUUCCUCCUAAUCAAGUAGCCAUAGCACAACCAGAAGCUGUUCCAAUAAGGAGGUCUGAAAGAGUUCGUAAGUUUGCAAUUUCAGAUGAUUAUGUGCUAUUUCUUCAAGAAGUAGAACCUGAAAAGUUUAGUACCUAUCUUCAAGAGGUCGAUUUUGAUAUCGGCGAAGAGAAUGAUCCAAUCACUUAUAACCAAGCCAUCAAUAGUUCCCAAUCAGCUUUAUGGACAGAAGCAAUGCAUGCAGAGUUAGAGUCCAUGAGAGAUAAUCAAGUGUGGGAGCUAGUUGAACCAGCCCCAAAUGUCAAGCCAAUUGGGUGCAAGUGGGUCUUCAAAACAAAGAAGAACUUGGAUGGAAGAAUAGAAAGGUAUAAAGCCAGGUUGGUGGCAAAGGGUUUUACUCAAAGAGAAGGAGUAGACUACCAUGAAACUUUUUCACCGGUUUCAACCAAAGAUGCAUUUCGGAUGAUUAUGGCAUUAGUAGCUCAUUAUGAUAUGGAGCUACAUCAGAUGGAUGUUAAGACAGCUUUCCUUAACGGAGAGUUGGAAGAAGAAAUUUAUAUGAAGCAGCCACAAGGUUUUGAGGAACAAGGAAGUGAGCACAUGGUUUGUAGGCUCAAAAGGUCAAUUUAUGGCUUGAAGCAAGCUUCAAGGCAGUGGUACUUGAAGUUUGAUUCAGUUGUAACUGAAAAUGGUUUUGUGGAGAAUUCUCUAGAUGAAUGCAUUUACUUUAAGGUAUGUGGGAGCAAGUUUAUUGUCUUGGUACUGUACGUUGACGACAUUUUAUUGGCUAGUACAGAUAUGAAACUACUCUUAGAGACUAAAGCAUUCUUUUCCAAGUCUUUUGAGAUGAAGGACUUGGGGGAAGCAUCUUUUGUGUUGGGAAUCAAGAUCACAAGAGAUAGAAAACGGGGCCUGCUGGGAAUUUCUCAAGAAAGUUACAUAGACAAAGGUGCUAAGGCGUUUUUCAAUGGAAAAUUGUGCUGGUGGAGAUUUACCUAUGAGCAAAGGUGACAAAUUCAAUAAGUCACAGUGU